AUGUCUUUCUCUUUCCGCCACUACCUCGCCGCUGGCAUCCGUGGUAUGCGCGUCGCCACCGGCACAUCAUACGAGGAUAUUUUCGAUCAACUCUUCCAAGCUCUCAACGUUCUCCGUCGCGAAGCCGCUCAAAGCGGCGACAUUCGGCCUUACUCUGAAGAAUACUUCCCAGACGACAUCUAUGACCCGCCAAGUCCCCAGUAUGUCAACCUCACCGGUGUCCCCAGCCAUGUCUCUUCCAGCUCUGGCCCAGCUCAGCCAGGACACCAGAUCAAUAUCCCCAUUCGCCUCAGUGGAACUCCCCAGCCCACUGCAUUCGUUCAGCCCACCGUCUACCCCACCGAUCCCAACGCCCCUGUUCCAGCUGUUCAUAACCCUCCACCCGAGCCCGUCUAUAACCCGCACACAGAAAUGCCGAGAAGAAAGGGCGACGAGGGAGACAAGCUCUGGCCCUGCGAGUACGACGGCUGCGAUGCCUCGUACACCCGCCGUAAAACGUUCCUUGAUCACAUGGUGGCUAAGCAUGGGUAUCCAGCCCCGCCCAAGAGACCCUCCCGGCCCAAAACUCCAGCCAAUGCCACAGCUUCUAGUAGCGGAUAG